AGCUCAUCGUUUGUGAUUUCCUCCUCUGUUCUCGUGUCACAAGUUGCCAUAUGGUUUAUGGAGAUUAUAGAUUGCCGAAUGGGGCACUCAAAUUUAGUGAAGUUAGUCCAGUGACAUCUGGGAAAACGCAAACCCCGUUUGAGGACGCUAAUGAAGUAACUGUUAAUCAAAAUGUAAAGCAAAUUCAAACUCUGACUAUUUAACUGCAGAGUUAGGCUAUCCAUAUUUUGUUUGUUUACGUUAACGCAAUAAAAAAUAAAUAAAUAAACAAUUCCAAUUUAAUUAUUUAAUGGUGAAUUUGUUUUUGUUUAAAUUUUGAAUGGAAGUAGCCUACAUCUUUGUAUGCAGGCUAACACGUAGGCAUACUUGUCUUUUUCCAUAUCAAGUUGUAGUAUUGCCCCAACCGAAACAGUCUGACUCAUUUCUGCAACACACGAAUCACCUGCUAAGGAUAUUUCUGCAAUCGACGUUAGUUUCGAGUGACUAGUAGGGCACUUGGCAAUGGGGCCGAGUCAGUUGCAGUAGCAGGAGCAUGAGCAUGUUGAGACGUGGUAGCAAAACCAGCUACAACCCUUACGCUACAAGUCGGAGAGUUAAAAAAUCAGACGCGAAAGCCAAGGACCAACUGGAUAUUCUGCCUAACAAGCCCAACGUAUGGCUCAAACAGCUCUCCAUUCUCCAAGAGCAGCCCCGGAAAGAUGGGGUUGAGAUCACCGUAGUCCCUUCAUCCUUCUCCACCUCCUCCUCCCACCUCUCCCCUGCCACGGCUGGCUUCCUGGACUCCUCGCUGUCUUGCCCGGGCACCCCAGCGACACAGCACGCCAAGCAGGGCGUCACUGGCUCCUCCAACAUGGCCACGCUCAGGAGACCCACCUCGCUCAGCCGACAUGCCAGCGCUGCAGGGUUCCCUCUGCAGUCGUGGGUGUUCACCAAGGGCCAGGGGAAGGGCCCCCCGAUGCCCACCAACCGUGGAGGGCCUGGAGAGCCCGUGGAGGGCGUGGAGAGCACGGCCAUCGAGGUGGAGGACAUCCCCGCUCUGCUGCGGGACGUGGCCCGCUUCGCCGAGGCGGUGGAGAAGCUGAAGGACGUGGUGCUGGCCGAGGGUAAGAAAGAGAGCCGCCGUCCCGUGGCCCACGAGUGCUUGGGGGAGGUGCUGCGCGUGCUGCGACAGGUGAUCAACACCUACCCUCUGCUCAACACCGUGGAGAUCCUGACCGCUGCCGGCAAACUCAUCUCCAAGGUCAAAGGCUUUCACUACGAGCUUUGCAACGACGCGGAUAAGCAGGACUUUGAGAAGGCCAUUGAGACCAUCGCAGUCGCUUUCAGCAGCAAUGUGUCCGAGCUGCUCAUGGGCGAGGUGGACAGCAGCACCCUGCUGUCCCUGCUGCCCACAGAGAAGAGCAGGUCUCUGGAGAACUUGUACGCUGCGUCGGGACACGGAGCCGACGGGGGUCUGUUGAGGAGUGACUCCCAGGACAUGGUCCAGGACGUCGACGUCAACGAGGUCCUCCAGCGGAGCGAGGGAGGGGUGGACUCGGCGCUGCUCUACGCCAAAACCAUCUCCAAGUACAUGAAGGACCUGAUCACCUACGUGGAGAAGAGGACCUCGCUCGAGAUGGAGUUCUCCAAAGGCCUGCAGAGGUUGUACCAGUCCUGCAAGCACAGCAUCACGCAUCCCCACAUGCCGCUGUUCUCCAUCUACUCCCUGGCUCUGGAGCAGGACCAGGAGCAGAGUGUGGGCCUUCAGCAGGCCUACGCCACGCUGCACAACCAGACCUUCAUCCAGCCGCUGAUGCAGCGCAAACAGGAGCAUGAGAAGAAGCGGAAGGAGAUCAAGGAGGCCUGGAUUCGAGCCAAGAGGAAACUGAUGGAGUGCGAGGCGAACCUGCGCAAGGCCAAGCAGGCGUACGUGGUCCGCUGCGAGGACUACGACAAGGCCAAGGCCGCGGCCAGCCGGGCCGAGGAGGAGGCCGGAGGCAAGACCCUGGAGAAGAAGAAACGCGUGGAGGAGGACGCCCGCAACAAGGCGGAGGAGGCCGAGGCCACCUAUAAGACCUGCAUCGCGGACGCCACCACGCAAGACAACAAUCUGCAACACACCAAGGUCACCGUGCUGAGGCAGCUGCAGGAUUUGGUGAAACAGAGUGACCAGACACUCCGCUCCGCCACCAUCUCCUACUACCAGAUCAUGCACAUGCAGACGGUCGCCCUGCCCGUCAACUACCAGACCCUGUGCGAGAGCAGCAAGCUGUACGACCUGGGCCAGCAGUACGGAGCCUGCAUGCGGGACCUCCAGCUGCCGGAGCAGCCCGUCACCCAGUACACCUUCGAACCCUACUCGCCCUCCAGCUCGGCCCCCACGCACCAGAGCAGCAGGUCCAGGAACGACAGCUUCAACGCGGAGCAGUCGCUCAGCAACGAGGCCCAUGAGUCUAGGGACGCAGAGGUCAACAGAAAGAGGCUGGGUCAUAAAUCCUGGGGAUCCACCGUGAGUGAUGAUAGUGUCGGAGCAGCGGGCCUGGAGUCGCCUACGAUCAGCACCAAUGACGAUGGGAAGCUGGGCCGUAGCUCCUCCACUGGAACCAUGUCCUCCAACGAAGACGCGGAGGAGAAGGACGGGAACGUGACCUCCUUCGUACCCCAAACUACGCUCAGGGAAAUGAACGGCCUGGAGCCCGACGUGGUGGUCUCCACCGGUCCCUUCCGGAACAUCGGCCUGUCCAAGGCAGCGCAGACCCACCGGCUCAGGAAGCUGCGGACCCCGGCCAAGUGUCGCGAGUGCGACAGCUACGUCUACUUCCAGGGCGGCGAGUGUGAGGAGUGCUUCCUGGCGUGCCACAAGCGUUGCCUGGAGACGCUGGCCAUCCAGUGCGGCCAUAAGAAGCUCCACGGCCGCCUGCAGCUGUUCGGCCAGGACUUCUCCCAGGUGGCGGGCGCGGCCAGCGACGGCGUCCCCUUCAUCAUCACCAAGUGCAUCUCGGAGAUCGAGAGACGCGCCCUCAAGCUCAAGGGCAUCUACCGGGUGAAUGGGGUGAAGACUCGCGUGGAGAAGCUGUGUCAGGUCUUUGAGAACGGCAAGGAGUUGGUGGAGCUGUCCCAGUGCUCCCCCCACGACAUCAGCAACGUCCUGAAGCUCUACCUCAGACAGCUGCCGGAGCCCAUCAUGCUGUUCCGGCUGUACCACAGUCUGAUGGGCCUGUCCAAGGAGAGCCUGCAGCACGAGGCCGAGAGCCCUGAGAACGAGGGGGCGGAGGGCGGUGCUGCUGGUGGUGGUGGUGGUAGUGGAGUCGGGGGCAAGGGACCCGAGCUGGUGGACCUGGGGGACGACACCGACCCGGAGAUCCUGGUCCUGGUGGAGAAGCUGAGGAACCUCCUGAAGGAGUUGCCCAAGACCAACAUGGCCACACUGCGCUACAUCGUACGCCACCUCCGCAGGAUCUCUGAGCUGGAGCAGGACAACAAGAUGAGUCCCAGUAACCUGGGCAUCGUGUUCGGGCCGUCCCUGAUGCGGCCGCGCCCCACCGGCGCCACGGUGUCCCUGUCCUCGCUGGUGGACUACCCCCACCAGGCCCGCAUCAUCGAGGCCCUCAUCGUCUUCUACGCCGCCAUCUUCCAGCCCAGGACCGCCACCACCACCCCCACCGCCACCGCGCAGCAGAUCGGCACUGCAGAUGGGAGCUCUGAGGCCGAGGAAACCAAAGAGGCGAGCAGACCGGACUCUGGACAGGUGGAGGAGGAAGGAUGUGCCAGCUCCCCGGGCUCCACGGGCUCCAACGAACGGCUGCCCGACUCCGACCCGGAGACGGACGAGGUGGAGGGCCAGGGGGGCCAGGGGCCCGACAGCCCAGAGAACCGCCCCAGGCUGACCCGGCAGCAGAGCCAGUUCAGCGUGGAGGACGAGGAGGAGGAGGAGGAGGAGGAGGACCAGGAGAGCCCGGAGCCGUCCGGACCGUUGGGACUGCCGGUGAUCUGCAUCGAGACGGAGGAGGGGCCGCCGGACGGACGGGGGGAGGUCCCGGCGCUGCCCGACACCGAGCCCCCCGAGGAGGAGGAGGGCGGCGGCGGGGAGGAGCUGAGCGAGGCCCUGGCGGAGCUCAACGUGAACCAGUCCAACAAUAACUGUCCCCUCUCCCCCCAACCCAGCCGCUCAGGGCUGACCCACGUGUGUAGGAAGCAGCUUCCCCUGACCCGGAACAGGGACCAGGAGCCAGAGUUUGUCUGAGGCCGUCGAGGUGUGUAUGUCUCCGUGUGUCCGAGGGGUCCCCUCAGAAAGACGGGGGACCCGGGCUAAUGUGUACGUAAGGACUACAUUGGAAUUUAAGUGUUAUCUUUUUUUAUGGUUCAUGUCGCGGUUAAUUAAUGUAAAUUGUCUGUCAAGGGGUGAUUCAUGUGGUACGUCGAACAACCUGUCCAUUUCAGAAGCCAUGUGCGGUUUUAUGCAUUCAAAUGUGUUCUUUCAGAUGCCAUGAGGUUUUAUACAUUCAGAUGUAUACUUUUAGAUCUUAACCAGUGUAUUGUUAAGGGAUUAUUGCCUAUAAGGCCUGAGCGAUGUCUGCAGUUGCAGCUUCAUCGAAUGCCCCUCUGCAGUACAUGUACAAUGAAGUGCUGCUGGUGUAAUUUCAGCACUUGAAGUUUAAAUCUUGCCUUUUUAUUAUGCAUGUUGUCUGUUCCUUGUUUUGGACGUUACCGUCAUAAAUAAAUUUCAGGCCAUUUUAAAAAUUUGU